UGGUUUGUUUUACAAUCUACAAGGAUCUUCACCAAAAUGGCUGCAUCCAGCUGCUUUACAGAAGACUUUUCUUGCCCUGUAUGUUUGGAAAUACUGAGCGACCCAGCUACGAUUCCUUGCGGUCACACCUACUGCCUUCAGUGCAUCCAGAAGCACUGGGAUAAAGCUGCAGCAAAGGGGAAGUUCUCCUGUCCUCAGUGUAGACAGAUGUUCAAUCCCAGGCCAACUCUGGGAAGAAACAACAUGCUAAUGGAACUCAUGAAGAAACUAAGAGUAGGAGAAUUGGACAAUUCAUCACCUGUGAACCCUUCUCUCCAGCCAUCAGCAGGAAGUUCUGAGAGUGCUACAGGACCUGAUGAAAAGACAGUGCAAGGGGGAUUAUAUCCUCAACUCCCUUCCACUUCACCCAACCUGUGUCCAUUACACAAACAGGUGUUGGAGCUCUAUUGCUGUGAUGAUAAACAGAGGGUGUGUGAUGAAUGUAGCCUCGUAGAACACAAGGGUCAUCGAGUGGUGCUUCCAGAUGAAGAAAAGGAGGUAACUGCUUACAUUCAAGCGCUGUCAAAAAUGAGGGCAACAGUACAAAGGAGCAUUCAAGAAAGGGAGAGGAUCAUUCAGACACUACCACAGAUUUUUGAAGCUAACAAGACUGCCAUUCAGGGGCUGCAGGCAGAGAAUAUGGUGUUUUUUGGUGAAGUAAUGAAGAAUGUGGAGUUGAUGAGCUCACAAGUAAUGGAACUCAUUCAAGCUUAUGGGGCCUCCACUGAUAAUCGUAUAGAGAGUCAUCGCUAUAAACUACAGGAGGAGAUCAGCGAACUGCACAAACAAGAAGAAGAGCUAAACAGACUAACCAACUCCCAGGACUCUAUUCAAUUUCUAACGACACUUGACACCACAUGUAAUGUGGAUGUGGGCGGAAAUGCCCAGCUGGAGACUUUACCCCAAGAGUCAGUACAGUCUGGGAUUAGAUCAGCGCUUGGAGCUUUCAGAGAGGGGCUGCAAGACCUUUGUAAAGGAAGCCUGGCCAGUAUCUUCAGAGCUGUGAAUGAAGCAGAAAAACCACCAACUAUGCUUAAUGCUGAGCCAUUAAGGAACCCCCACAAUCCUAGCAAUUUGCACGCUGCUUCCCAAAAUACAGCUUCUGAAAUGACACCAGCAUCCAGCAACACUGAUAGUAAACCAAAAACCACAACAUCUCAAAAUUCUGCAGCUUCAUCUGCAAAAUCUGAGAAGAAAACGACUUCCCUAAGUGUGGAAAAUCCAGCACCUAAAUCAAGGGAGGAAAUGCUAAAAUUCCGCUUUGAUCCCACACUGGACAGCAACAGUGCUUAUCGUCACAUCCGCUUGUCUGAUGGAGACCGCAAGGCCACUCUCCGUGCAGAAAAUCAGAAUUAUCCAGAGCAUGCUGAACGCUUUGUCUACUGGAGACAGGUCAUGUGUCGGGAGCCUUUGGCAGGAAGUCCCUACUACUGGGAGGUCGAAUGGACAGGCCCGAAGGUCACGAUUGGUGUAACCUAUAAAGACAUUGAGCGUUCUACAACAGAUGAUAGCUCCAGGCUGGGCCAUAAUGAGCACUCAUGGACCUUAUACUGGUCAGGCACAGCCUUUUCUGUGUGGCAUGCAGGAAGAGAAACAGUUCUAGAUGCUCCUAAAGCCCGGCGCAUCGGGGUCUAUGUGGACCAACAAGCAGGUGUUCUAGCCUUCUACAGGGUCUCGCACAACCAGGCCCACCAGAUCUGCUGCGUCGAAACCGAAUUUACUGGACCUCUUUACCCUGGUUUCCGCUUCUGGACUGGUGUGGGUUCUACCAUCACUAUUUGCCAGCUGGGAUGAGUGAUAAAGAGAUGCUGCACUGUGAAGUGAACAGAUUUACCACUAGAUGUAGCUGCAAGCAUACAAAUCACUAGGACAUUUCCUGGGACAUACAGAAAUAUAGGGGUUUAGUGCUGGUGUAAUUAAUUAACUAUAGAUGGGGCAAAAGCAAAAAAUGUAAAAUAAAAUAAAAUAAUAAUAAUAAUAAUAAUAAAACACUUUAGUGCACACAGUUGACACAGAUCCUACAAGUCUGUAAAUGGAAGGACAUUAAUGAUCCAAAAGAUGCAACUGCACUCUUUUGUAUGAAUGCACAAACUACAUAGUAACUGUCUUAAUAUAAAUGCAUUAGGAUAUGAAGUACAACUGAUGAAUUUGGUGUUGUGCAUUGAUAAGCUUGUUAAUAAUAAAUACCAUGAAGCACUUUCA